CUGCACCGCGAUUUGACGCUAGCCGCAGUUUGCUUGCAUGUCGUUGGUGUUUUCCUAAUAAUUUAUCAGGCUGGACGUCUGUAUGAAUGUUCGUAUAAGUGCAACCUUGAGGACUGGGCAAAGAAGAUGCAUGUGAUAACUGGAAUCGCUGCAACAGCACUUGUCUUAGUGCAACCAAUAAUAGCUGCGGUGCGACCAGGGCCAAAUUCAGUUCUCCGACCACUGUACAACUGGACCCACUGGUUCUUCGGGAUGACUGCUUGGGCGCUUGCAUGUUAG